AUUUCACUUCAUAUAUGUUUGUUUAACAGGGAGAAAGGGGAUAAAGAUUUUGCAAAAGAAAAGAAAUGGGGAAUCUGUUGCCAUUUGUGGGAAUGAUAAUGGUGAUUUUAGUUCAAGUUAGCAGCAUGGUGAUAACCAAAGCAGCAAUGUCUAGUGGGGUUAACAAAUAUGUUCUUAUUGUUUACUCUAAUGUUCUCUCCAGCCUAGUUCUCCUUCCUUGCUCCUUUGUAUUCCACAGAUCUGUGCGUCUUCCAUGGACCUCCUCCAACCUGUACAGAUUGAUCUUUUUACUUUCCUUGCUUGGAUGCAUCGGCCAGCUAUGCGGAUACGCAGGUAUUGACUACAGUUCUCCUGCAAUGGCAACGGCCAUGCUCAACCUCAUUCCAGCUUUCACCUUCAUACUAGCCAUCAUUUUCAGGAUGGAAAAGUUCGAAUGGAGAAGCACAAGCAGCCAAGCCAAGGUCUUGGGAACUAUAAUCUCCAUAACAGGGGCAUUCGUAGUGACAUUCUACAAGGGACCAACAAUUCUCAGACUGUCUCAUCAGCUUCUUUCAUCUCCACAAUUACAAUGGAUCCUUGGGGGGAUUCUUCUUGCAAUUGAAGCUUUUAUGACUUCUGCAUGGUAUAUUGUACAGGCAAUGGUUCUGAAAAAGUUCCCGGCAGUAUUAACUGUCAUGUUUUAUCUUUGCUUCUUCAAUGCGAUUCUUUCAACGAUAUAUUCGUUGAUGCUAGUUAGGGACCCUAGUGCUUGGAAAAUAAGACCUGGUAUAGGACUGGUCGCAAUUUUAUACUCGGCGAUAGUGGCGACUACGUUUCGUAUCAGCUUGUUUUCGUGGUGCCUGUGGAAAGCAGGACCUCUUUACGUUUCCAUGUUCAAGCCGUUGGCCAUUGUCGUUGCAGCCGCUAUUGGCAUUGUCUUCUUGGGAGAAGACCUUUCUCUGGGAAGGGUAAUUGGUGCAGUGAUUAUUGUGAGUGGAUUUUAUGGAGUGCUGUGGGGAAAAGCUAAAGAAGAGAGUUUGGGAUCAGCAAGCCCUAAAGUCCCUUUCCUGCAAAAGAGAACAGAUGAUAAAAGUUCUGCUGUAUAAAGAAA